UGGAUCUACAAAGUGGAUGGCUAGCUAAUAUCUACAUUUUCACCGAUCAAGCAUUCAAGACAGUAUUUGUACAGGGGAGUUUGUAACCGCUUGGCCUUUACUUAAAUAUGGACAGAGGAAUCAAGGAGCUGUUCAUAUGUAAAAGCCACUGACCAAAGCUGUACUGCAGGAGAAACUGACCUCCAUACUGCGAGAUGUAACAGGAUGCUGAACCAUCACUGCAGAAGGAAUCCAGAGCUACAGGAGGAGCUUCAGAUUCAGGCAGCGGUGGCGGCCGGGGAUGUCUACACCGUGCGCAAGAUGCUGGAGCAGGGGUACUCCCCCAAGAUCCGGGAUGCCAAUGGGUGGACUCUGCUCCACUUCUCCUCAGCCAAGGGGAAAGAGAGAUGUGUUCGUGUCUUUCUUGAGCAUGGAGCGGACCCCACAGUGAAGGACUUCAUUGGGGGCUUCACAGCCUUACACUAUGCAGCCAUGCAUGGCCGAGCACGUAUCGCCCGCCUUAUGCUGGAGUCUGAGUACCGCAGCGACAUCAUCAACGCCAAGAGCAACGACGGCUGGACGCCCCUGCACGUCGCUGCGCACUAUGGCCGCGAUUCAUUUGUGCGCCUCCUUUUGGAGUUUAAAGCCGAGGUGGACCCUCUGAGCGAUAAGGGGACCACCCCCCUCCAACUGGCCAUCAUCCGCGAGCGCUCCAGCUGCGUCAGGAUACUGCUGGAUCACAACGCCAACAUCGACAUCCAGAACGGUUUCCUGCUGCGCUACGCCGUCAUCAAAGGCAACCACUCGUAUUGCCGCAUGUUCCUCCAGAGAGGCGCAGACACCAACCUGGGCCGGCUAGAGGACGGCCAGACCCCGCUGCACCUGUCUGCCCUCAGGGAUGACGUUCUGUGUGCACAGAUGCUCUACACGUACGGGGCAGACACUAACACGCGGAACUAUGAGGGACAGACGCCUGUAGCUGUAUCUGUCAGCAUGUCUGGCAUCAGCCGUCCCUGCCUGGACUUUCUACAGGAGGUCACAAGACAGCCAAGGACUUUGCAGGAUUUGUGUAGGAUAAAGAUUCGUCAAUGCAUAGGCCUUCAAAGUUUAAAGUUCCUGGAGGAUCUACCUAUUGCCAGAGUUAUGAAGGACUACCUUAAACACAAAUUUGACAAUGUUUGACAGCAGCCUGCUAAGCUGUUUCUCUAGAGACUAUGCAACCUCUGUUUUCCUUACUAUGUACAAAACUCUGGGAGCAGGUGCACAGUUUUAUACAACCAUGUAGGUACAGUGUGAAUAUGCAUAUUUCUAUAUUAAUGAAAUGGCUUUUUAAUCAAAAGG